GAGACUACCUCAACUUCUUUUCUUCCUCUAGGAAAGACUCCUUCGUGUGCUACUCUAACGGAGAGUGAAGGACCUUCUUGAGACCCAGAAACAAAGUAAGAAGGCACCAUGAAGCUGGCUACAAUUCGCAGUGUCUGCUGUAGCGUUCGAGUGCGUGCUUCCCGUUCAGGAAGCAGAUUCAGCGGCAUGUCGCGUGGAUGUCUCCCGGUUGGGACGACAAACAGCCGGUUAACCCUUCGGACUGCUAGCACCGUUACUAGCAGCGGGACGAGCCCCACUUUAACGGCAAACUUCGGGAAACAGCUCAAAGAGGAUGACUGGUCUGAAUGCAACAGAUUAGUGGGGGAAGUAGUUCAGAAUACCAAGGAGGCAAUUGCAACACUGCAAAGAAGGAAUCCUGACAUCCAGCCCCUGUUAGUCAUUUUACAGGCUGGUGAAAAUGGCAACAUGUUGGAAAUCAAUAAGAAAAUAGCUGGCAAGAUUGGCUUGAAUGUCACUCAGAUUUGUUUGGCAAAGAAGUGCAGUGAAGAUGAAAUAAUAGAAGAGUUGCUGAAGCUUAACGAUGACCCCAAGGUGCAUGGAGUCUUUCUCCACCUCCCCACAUCUUCCCUCACUAGUCGAGUGCUCAACGCACUUAAACCAGAGAAAGAUGUUGAUUGCAUUUCCAAUUUGAAUAUAGGCCGCCUGGUGAGAGGAGACAUGAGCAAAGGUUUUGUACCACCGAUAGCAAGUGCUGUUUUGGAUCUGCUGGGAAAACAUGAUGCUUCUUUGAAAGGAAAAUCAGUGUUGCUGGUAGGAGAACAAGGACCACUCAGGUUGGCCCUACAGUGCCUGAUUGAAAGAAGUGGGAUGACAGUUCAAACAAAUCAUUGGAACUCAAAGAGCUUGAAGACACAGGUAAUGCAGGCUGAUGCUGUGUUUCUUUUAAAUGUGGGAAACAUGGACAUCCCGCCAUCCUGGGCUCGACCAGAGACGGUCAUCAUUCACUGCGAGUCGGCCUCGGAGCCAGAUGACAACCUCAUUGACUUGCCCUCAACAUCUGGAUUAGCAUAUCUCACAGCUGCCUACAGAGCACAGAACGUGACACAUGGCUGCUGUCGGUGGCUCCAGGAGCAGCAGUACAGACCCUGGGAUCUGUACAGCCAUAAACUUCAACCAUUAAACCCUGUUCCAACUGACAUUGAGAUCUCAAGGGCUCAGACACCAAAACCUGUUGCUCAGCUGGCCAAGGAAAUUGGUUUGCUGCCAGAGGAGCUUGAAGCUUAUGGGAGGAACAAAGCUAAGGUCCAACUCUCCCUCUUGGACCGCCUCCACUCACAGCCUGAUGGCAAAUAUGUUCUGGUUGCUGGUAUAACACCAACUCCAUUUGGUGAAGGUAAAACCACAGUGACUGUAGGUCUGGUUCAGGCUUUGUUUGCCCACCUCAAGCUCAACUCCUUUGCCUGCCUUCGACAGCCUUCUCAAGGACCAACCUUUGGAAUUAAAGGGGGAGCUGCAGGAGGAGGUUAUGCCCAGGUCAUCCCUAUGGAGGAGUUCAACCUCCAUUUGACUGGUGACAUCCAUGCCAUCACAGCAGCUAACAACCUGCUGGCGGCAGCCAUCGAUGCCAGGAUGCUCCAUGAGGCAACGCAGUCUAACAAGUCCCUGUUCAAUAGAUUGGUUCCUUCUGUAUAUGGAGUUAGAAAAUUCUCUCCCAUCCAGAUCUCCAGGCUUCGGCGUCUUGGUAUCAAUAAAACUGAUCCUGCCUCUCUUACACCAGAAGAAAUCAGUAGCUUUGUGCGCCUUGAUCUUGACCCUUCACAAAUUACCUGGCAAAGAGUUGUUGAUACAAAUGACCGCUUGUUGAGGAAAAUCACAGUGGGACAGGCAAGCACUGAAAAAGGACAGAUCAGAGAGACUGGUUUUGACAUUGCAGUAGCCAGUGAGAUCAUGGCUAUUCUGGCCCUCGCGGAUAGCCUAAAGGACAUGAAGAACAGAUUGGCCCGCAUGGUGGUGGGAUCCAGUCGCUCUGGAGAACCUGUCACAGCGGAGGACUUGGGUGUAAGUGGUGCCCUUGCAGUGCUAAUGAAAGAUGCUAUCAAGCCCACACUGAUGCAGACCCUUGAGGGUACACCAGUGUUUGUCCAUGCUGGGCCCUUUGCCAACAUCGCCCAUGGCAGCUCCUCAGUGCUGGCAGACAAGCUGGCUUUGAAGUUGGUUGGACGGGAUGGCUAUGUAGUGACUGAAGCUGGGUUUGGAGCAGACAUCGGGAUGGAGAAAUUCUUUAAUAUCAAAUGUCGGGCGUCAGGUUUGAGGCCCAACGUGAUGGUGCUGGUUGCAACUGUUCGAGCACUGAAGAUGCAUGGAGGUGGCCCAAAUGUGUCACCUGGUGCUCCUCUUCCCAAAGAGUACAUUGAUGAGAACCUGAGCCUUGUUGCAGGUGGUUGCCAUAGCAAUCUUAAGAAACAAAUCCAGAAUGCUCACCUCUUUGGGGUUCCUGUAGUGGUGGCACUAAAUGUUUUCAAGACAGACACUCAGGCGGAGAUUGACCUGGUGUGUCAGCUCGCCAAGGAGUGUGGUGCUUUUGACGCCGUGCCGUGCCGGCACUGGUCGCAGGGUGGGCGGGGCGCUCUAGAGCUGGCCAUGGCGGUGAAAGAGGCAGCUGGCAGGCCCACAAAUUUCCAGUUCCUGUAUAAUACAGAGAUGCCGAUCCUGGAGAAGAUCAGAACAAUAGCCCAGAAGGUGUAUGGAGCUGAGGACAUUGAUCUGUCUCCAGAGGCCAGCAGCAAAAUAGAUUACUACAAUCAACAAGGUUAUGGAUCUUUACCCAUCUGCAUGGCCAAGACUCAUCUCUCCCUGUCCCACAUGCCUGACAAGAAGGGCGCACCGACUGGAUUUGUUUUGCCUAUCAGAGAUGUCCGUGCAAGCAUCGGCGCAGGCUUCAUUUUCCCACUGGUGGGAACGAUGAGCACAAUGCCCGGCCUGCCCACCCGCCCCUGUUUCUAUGACAUCGACCUUGAUCCUGAAACGGAGGAGAUCACCGGCCUUUUCUGAGCAACAUAGAUAUUCCUGUAGGUUUCAUCUCAUUCAAUUUAAGCUAAUUGAAUCCGCAGCUGCCAGGUCAUAAGCAGUUGCACUUUUUACAUUUUAUUUAUUACUUUGUCUUAUAAAGUUUUAAUAACCUUUGGACAUUUUUAUUGGCUUGUCACGUUAAAUUCAGACAGUAUUGUGCUAAAUUGGGCUGCUAAGUGAUUAAUCAACACAAAGUAAGGCAGAAAUUAACUCAUACAAUUUUUUUUUACUAAUGAAAGUCUGAAAGAGUGUGCCAUGUAUUAUUUACAUGUAUUUAUUAAGGGCUAUCAGAAGAAAGUGAGGAAAAUGAAUCAUAUGGCAGAUAACGUAUUAUUGUUCUUUGAAUUAGCUAAAACUGUUUAUAAACCUAAAACUUUGCCUUACUUGAUGGCCUGCAACACUUUUCAGAUUUAUUAUUGUAAGUCACUUUGAAAGUUCAUUUAAUUUCCUUAAAUUCACUCUGUUCUGUUAUUCUCUUGCUAAAAGUCCCAGUUUAAAAUCGAGAUUAUUGUUGUAACUUGACAAAAUGUGAAAAGCUUUUUGGGAUUUUAUUACUUUUAUCAAGGUUUGCAGUUUAUAAAAUGUUUCACUGCCUCAACGGGUAUAGUUUUCUUCCUACAUUUUUUUUUCCUUUGUGUUUCUAGUUUUUUUUUUUUUCUCAGGAUCCAUCACACUCUACUAUGCCCUAUAUGUUUGACUCACUGUGAUGACUUGCAUUUCCUCAAAAGGCCAACACUCCCACAGCUUUUAAAGUAGCGGCACAUUAACAGCCUUGUGCUCAAAUGGGCCAAAAUUUUUGAUAUUAGAGCACAUAUUAACCAAAAUACCUCGGGACUCAAGCUAUUACACAGGCAGCCAGUGUGAGCAGAUAAAAGCUUAAUGUGGUAACAAUCCUGCAGACUCAUUUCACCUAACUAGCUUCAAAUUAGAUUGACACUGUGGCUUCAGGAGUAGCAAAUCAAACAGGAGCUCUUGGGAUCAUUUGUUAUUCUAGUUAACAAUAAAGCAACAUAUUGUGAAGAGUCAAAUGUAUUUUGAACUCUUGGUUUAUGCUCUAUUUGCACAUUUAUUUGAUUAGCCAAAAUCCACAGCCGUGCCACAUACUCAGCAUGACUACAUAAGCACUGAUGUCAUUGCUCUGUCGAUGGUUUCAAAGUAUUAUGAUUUGGUUGCCAUCUACUUGAUUUUGUUUUUUUCAUUGUCCUUCUAAUGGCGCUAAAACUGUUACAUUUUCACUACAAUGCUGGUGGAUGAACUAAAACUUGACAAUUGUGUUCAUGACUUGUAUGUGUGAUUGCCAUUAUUCAAAUCUUUAGUUUUUGUCUUUUUUACAUAUUAAGUGUCUUCGUUAUUUAGUUUUGCUUAUUAAUGUCUUCUUAUGGUCUGAAAUUAAGCAGAAGUGGGAACUUGGACUCUUAUUUAUAGCCUGUUAGCCGACUGAAUUCAACUCAGUCGGCUGUUCAGGUUUAUUGGACUUAAACAUGGCUUUCAAAAGCAGGAAUAGUGUUAAAUAUAUUUUACUCCAACAAAUGUAUGUUUAACAUUUUCAGUGAUCACAAGUGCCUUUCUAAUAAAUCUUUUAUUGCCUCAGAGAUCCUGUA